AUGGAGCAGCAACAACAACAACAACCUUUAUUGAGUCCAAAUGUUGCUAAACUUCUUCGCGGAGAAUUAUUGCCGACAGGGCCACCAACUAUUUCAUCGCCAGUUCCAAAGAAAAUCGAUGUAGAGCCGGAACAUUAUAAAGAGCAAAUACAAAUUUGUGUAGCCAAUCCGGGACGUUUUAUGGCGAGUUGGACUCUCUUGGCUUCUUUGUUUAGCGAGGUAUUUUAUUUAAUUUAUUAA